UGUUACACUCAGGCUGGGUCUCUGAGCCCGGGAGGAAGCAGGCGUGUGUUGGAUUUCUCUUUGACCCUCACGGUGGAAUAAACAGGAAACGAGGAGCACCCAGCUUGGCCCGGCACUUGCCUUUGUUGUGGGGUCUGCCCUGGACAGCCGCGAGGAGGCUUCCUCGGGACCCCCUGCCCUGUGCGCCGCCGGGGUUGGGGCUGGGGGCGCGCCCUCAGCUCAAGCUCUACAUUUGUAACAUCAAACCUCUUUCUCCUGUUGGGCCAACUUCAGGAACUGAUAACAGUUUUUAUGUAGUUUAAAAGCAAGGGGAGAGGUGAAACACAGAGAGCAGUGGAUCAGACUACGCUGCGCUCCCUGGGGGCGGCUGGGACCCUGCAGGAUGCUGGCUGGUGCGCGGCUGAGGAGGCCCUCAUUCUGAGGUGGGAACCAGGCCUCUGCAGGAGAGCGGCUCCACUCCCAGGCUCACCAUGGCCUUGGCGCUCUGGCUGGACGGCUGACGUGACCGUGCGCCCUGAGCGCGAGCGCUGCUGGACUGUGCUGUCCAGGUACCACCUGCUCACAGAGUGUGGGAGCAGGGCAGGUGGGCAUCAGAUGCUGCUGAGAGCUGGACCGGCAGAGUGAUGGACUUGGACAGGCUAAGAUGGAAGUGACCUGAGGCCCUGCCCAGGCAGUUUCCUCACCGCAGGACAGCGUAAGAGUUGGAGCACAGGCUUGUCUGGGGAGCAGUAUGCAGGAAGAGGGUUCUCAGGCCACGAAUGCUUUUACAGAGUGCAAAUUCACCUGCACCAGCGGUAAAUGCUUGUAUCGUGGUUCGCUGGUCUGUAACCAACAGAAUGACUGUGGAGACAACAGCGAUGAAGAAAACUGUCUCCUGGUGACUGAGCAUCCCCCUCCAGGCAUCUUCAACUCGGAACUGGAGUUCGCCCAGAUCAUCAUCAUUGUGGUGGUGGUCACGGUGAUGGUCGUGGUCAUCGUCUGCCUGCUGAAUCACUACAAAGUCUCCACACGGUCCUUCAUCAACCGCCCGAGCCAGAGCAGGAGGCAGGAGGACAGGCUGCAGCCAGAAGGGUGCCUGUGGCCUUCAGACAGCUCCGUGCAACGACCAGGGGCCUCAGAGAUCAUGUACACCCCGCGGUCCAGGGACAGGUUUACUGCCCCAUCCUUUAUCCAGAGGGACCGGUUCAGCCGCUUCCAGCCCACCUACCCCUAUGUGCAGCACGAGAUUGACCUUCCUCCCACCAUCUCCCUGUCUGAUGGUGAAGAGCCACCUCCUUACCAAGGGCCCUGCACUCUGCAGCUCCGGGACCCUGAACAGCAAAUGGAACUCAACCGAGAGUCUGUGAGGGCACCCCCCAACCGAACCAUAUUUGACAGUGAUUUGAUAGACAUGUCUCUGUAUAGUGGAGGCCCGUGCCCACCGAGCAGCAACUCGGGUAUCAGCGCCACCACCUGCAGCAGCAACGGGAGGAUGGAAGGGCCACCCCCCACCUACAGCGAGGUGAUGGGCCACUACCCAGGAGCCUCCUUCUUCCAUCACCAGCACAGCAAUGCACACAGGGGCAGCAGACUGCAGUUUCAGCAGACCAACUCAGAGAGCACAAUAGUACCCAUCAAAGGAAAAGACAGGAAGCCUGGAAACCUGGUCUGAUCCCCUCCAACAUGCACACAAAUCCAGGAGAAAAAAACUAAGGAGGGAAGGGGCCGCACUGGACCUUCCUGUGCACGGCGUUGUUCAGUUUUACGUGGUCUAAGUAAGUGAAACCAAAUGUACAAACACGGCCUGUUUCUAAUUCCUUUCAGGGAAUCGCAUGCAGAUGAGACUGAAGUAACACAUACUUCCCUCCUGUCUGACCACGAACAGUGUUUAUUUGGGGGCAGGGUUUGGGAGAGGGGGUGGCUUGGCAAAGGGUGGGCGGGGGGAAACAGAGAGAGGGAUGCUUUGAAGAUACCAUGAAAUAAACCUACAGAGGUAUUUGAUUUAUUUAAUUCUGAAAGGAGACUUUGCAGAUAAAUGAGGCCAGAAUGGCCUGUUUUAUAAUUAACUGAAUAAAGAAGGAAGCAUUAUUAUAUAUUAUCAUGGAGAAGAAUCAGCCAGUUUGCUUUUUCUCCCAAGGUGUGGAACUUUUAUUUUGUUUUAAAAAUAUGAAUCAGAAUUCCUGUUUUGUGUGCCAAGGUAUAAAGUGGAGAAUUUAGAUGAAUGCAAGGAGCUACUCUGUGUUGUGAUGAUGUGUUUUAAAAGUUGCACUAUCUUAAUGUUUAAAAUAUAUAUGAGGGAACUGUUUAUGUGAAGUUCUAUAUGUUGUCUUUUCACCUGUGGAUUGUUACUAGGCCCAGGAAGUAUCCUGGAGUGUUUCCCAGGAGGGUGCAGGAAAGCUAUUUGGGGAUGUAGCCUAAUAUUUACCAUCUUACAUAAUUCCACAGCAGCAUUAUUGUUGCAAAAACUUGCAUCCAAUAGCAGUGCAUUGCUGAAGCUUUUGAAGACUUUUGGAUGGAAGAUAGGUGUACUGAGUUCCAGCAUUUCUGACUUGUUAUUUGAGUUACUCUGCUAGUCUUGGGCUGCAUAUUUUAUUAGGAACGAACCCGACACGUGCAUUUACAUAUCUAGUAUCAUGCAGCACUGCCUUCAUCCUCUAGCAGUGCAGUUUUAACAGUAAUUUAGAUUUUUUUUCACUGUAGCAUGAAUUAUAUUCAGAUACAUACUUAUUUUUAUGCAAUAAAUUGUUUAAAAUGCAAGGCAGUUAUUUUGAAUACUGUUGAAAUAUGUGGCUUCUCCGUGUAUCCCUUUUGCCGCUCUCCUUUUUCUAGUUAGCUCUGUUUUCAGUCCUACGAGGCUGGUCAGUGCAGCUGGAGGCUCCCACCGGUCACCCCCACACAGCCACCCCUACUUGCAGUGUGAGCAAUGCCGGCCCUGGUUUCUUCAGCUUAGGAAGCCCUUGGAAUUGACAGAGGAACGCCAUGUUGCCGAUCAUGGUAAUAAGCCAUUGCCUCUCACUAGUAUUGGCAUAGCAUUCUCAGAGGGAUGCAGUGCCCAAACCCACCCACACUCUGAGAUUUCACUCCCUGCCCGCCCAUCCUCUGGUCAGUCUUGUUUGAUGGCAAGUCCUGGAUGGUCAGUUAUAGAGCAGUUGCGGGGGUGGGGGUGGGAGGAGUGACUCUAAGAGCACAGGAUUAAAAAGCACAACAUGCAGUUAAAAUGCAACUAGAAAACUAAUUUUAAAUAUUCUUAGUCUUAGUUUUAAUAUUCCUGAUAUUUACAAACAUUUGUUCUUAACAUACAAUAAAAAAUCUUUCUUCUGCAGAUGUAAGCACUGGUUUUUGUCACAGCAGCAGCUAAUAAAUUAAGUAAAUACUGCACUGUGGAGAAGGGCUUGUCUGUUGCGGCCGGUCUGCUUUAGUGGAGGUUGGGCCUCUUUGGCUUCUGCACAUAACGAAAUGAUCUGGAAUGAUGGUUAGGUGACUCCAAUCUAUGCAGCUUUGAUGCCAAAUCAGCAUGUGCAUGUGUCUGUGUCUGUCUGUGCGUCUCAGAAUUGGUUCCUCAGUGAGGUGGCUUUGUGCUGUUGGCUGAGCGGUAGAGAGACUGCUCUGAAACCCAAGUCCUGUCUGACCCCAGUCUGCUUGUUUCUGCAUUUCUUGGUGGGUAGGUCACUGAUUUGUGUGUUCUGAGGAUUGGAAUGUCCAUGAGAUUCAUCCAUUUCACACGGUAGCAUCCACGGAACUGGUCAGACUUUCAAAGGAGAGAAAAGAUGGGCAGCACCUGUCAGCUCAUGCCCAAGACCAUGCUAGGAAAACAUCCAUUUGAGGGCCACAGUGGAUGUUGUGAGACUGGAUUCAGUCUUAUUCCAGCAAUGCUCAGAAGGCAUCUUUCAGGGAGAAACCAGCUCUCAAGGCAGAGAGUGACUUUUCCACCACCCUAGAGUCUUCCUGAAAGGUGGUUGAUUUCUCUGGAUUUCAAGUCUGUGCUUUGAAGAAGCUGGGGAUCUGUGAUAGAAAGCUUCUCCUUGCCUGUCAGGUGAAAAUGAAAAGACUGUUGUCCCAUUCAAACCCCACUGGUGGGGACACAGGGUGGAUUGUUGGUCAGAUGUGUCUCCUCAGAUGCAAAGAUAAGGGUAGCUAAUGAUUUCAUCAUUCCAGAUCUCACCUGCAGUUUUGGAAAGCAGGUGAACCUGUCCUACAGCUGUAGCUUAGAAUAGUUUCACAACCCUUACCUUUCUACCUGUUAGAGGAAUGCGAUAAGGAGAGAGACUUGUAAGUUCCUUAUAGCUCUGCAAGUAUAUGAAUGUUUUGCAGAUGUCCACAGUACUGGCAAAGUAAGUAUGUAGUUCAAAGUUAUUUGCUAAGUUGUCCCUCAAAAGAUAGGUUCCUCCCAUUCAGUCACCCUAGAGAAUCACCUUUUAAGUUAAAUAGUAAUUUAAAGACACAUAAAUAUCAAAUUAUGACUGUGAAAGGUCUUUGAGGCUGGACCUCUGUAAUGAGUUAGUUUAAAAGCCAGGUCAUAAAUUGAAUUAAUAGUCAAUUUCCCAUCAACACAGGGUAGGUGGUUUAGAUCAGUAGCCCUAAGGUUGUAGUUGUCUUGUUGGCACGGCAUCGCCUCACGGCUCGCCUGGUGUUGAAGGAGUGGUGAUUGUAAAGACACAGCUGGGAGAGCAGGGCCUGUUACUUAAGGAACCCUAGGGACCAGUUCAGAAACCAGGCAUCUCGGGACUCAGUGAUAGGCUCAUAAUCUUGGAGGAUUCCAGGAGAGCAUGGCAACCAAGGGUUGCAUUGUUGGGAGGAACGUUUGUUGGGAAUGCACACUCCUGGGCGUACCUCUGUGACUUGUGUCUCUUCGCUCAGGACUGUGCAACCUAAGGCAUGUUGAGUCCCAUCCAUAAGAACACUGUCUUCUGGCAUAUACGUGCUUUUUCAGAAACGCUAGUGGUUUUCGAACACUGUAGCAAUCAGUAAUGCGAAAGAAAUUUAGUGGAACAAAUGGCCCAUUUUAAAAAUGUAUUUUUCAAGUCCAAAAUCCACUGAUAAAGAAACUUGACGAGCAUGCCCUCUGCCCUACCACUGCCACAUGGACACAUGGACACAUGGACACACACCCAAUCCAUUUAUUUAUUCACUCAUUUUACCUCUGACUUGUGAGAGGAGAGAGGGUCAGCAGUACACCAGGAGGCCCCCUAACACUAGCACAGGAACUGAGUAGCCAGAUGAGCACCUCUUGAACUUCUAAAUAACUUCACCUCUAUUUUACCUUCAUGAGAAUGAGAAGGGCCCACAGGAAGCACUUUUACGAAAUUUCUCUGAUCUGGAAGAAUCGAAUUCAAAUCCUUGCCUUCCUCUCAGAGCAUCUCUGACAGGGGAUCCUCUUCCACAUGAUUACUCUUCUCUUUAGAAGACUUCUGGUGUAGGACACUCAAAACUGUCGGCAGACCAGAUCCUGGCUGAGAGCACAGAGAUAAGCCGCGCCCGCCAUGUGGCAUUGGUCACUGGCAGCUCCAGAGACUCUGCUGCCAUGCUAGGGCAGCCCCGUCUGGCCUGGCGCAGUUGCUUUCGUGUAUUGUUGAGCUGGUGCCCACUGGCUGAGUUUGGCUACUUAGAAUGGCAACGGUAACUCCACUUCUGUACUGUUCGUUUUUUCUUAAACUUUCCAAAUUUCAGCAGUCUGCAAGAGAAAACCAGGAAAGAUCUUGGUUUCUGUGAACUCUUUGCUCAUCCGAGUGGCUACAAGCCAGUGCUGAAGCCCCGCCCUUUCCCCUGACGGUCCUGCAUUCCCUUUGCCCAACCCCAGGCCCUUGCUCUCCAGCAAACCCGCCUCUGCUACUGCAGACCCUGACAGAGGAUGCCAUGUUCUUGGAGCACUGAGGUAAACAUAUCCCCAUGGGCCAGCAGCUUGGCGAGGGAGAGCCUCCCCUUCUCAAUGCAAGGAGCACUUUAUCUAAUGGUGGCAUACCAAAGUCACAAAUUAGGAAACUUCAUUUUUUCACAGUAGAUCACAAAUAGCACCAGUUUCGGGGCUCACCUUUUACCAAUUCCAAUGGCCCUGCGGCCGGGACCUAGCCAGAGAUCACAGAGAAGUGAAGGAGGAGUGGAAAGCACUCUCAGCCUUGCAGUAGCCUAGAGUUUUUAGAAAUUGAGAUUUUUGGCAUAUUUGAUUUUGCACCCUGAGCUGCAUCCUUGGCGUAGUUCCUGCAUAUGUUGCUGCCGGGGCCGGUCCGUCAUUGCUGCUUUCCAAGGACGCAUCAGGAAGCCAUUGUCUGAGUGUAGGGUGCCUUGCUCAGAAAGCACCUUCCUGCUUUCCUCCCCUCCCUCGGCGCGUGCUUGCUUGUGUGUACUACGGCAGGUUAGAGCUUAGAGAGCCAGAUGCACUACCCAUGCCUACUAUAUAGACCCCUAUCGUUUCUAAGAGAGCUGCAUGUCCGCUUUUAAGCAACUAAGGUGCCUCACGUUCUGACUUCAGCAGAUAUAGGAACCGAGCCGCCCCUGCACUCGAUGCUCCCACCUUUGUUGUGCCUCACUUAAAAUGGUGCUUUUUCAGUUGUCUGUCUUUUCUUAUGUUUUUAUUUGUAAGGUGCUGUAUAUAAGUUGAAUAUAUUAUGCACAUAUCCUACCCAAUGGGUAGAACAACAAAUUGUUAAUACUGUAAUAUAAUGUAUAGAUGAUACCAAUUUUAACAGAAAUGGCAUAGAACUUGUGAAUGCCUAUGUGCUUCGUCCUCUUUUGUAAGGAAAUUUGCAAAUGGAUGCAUACAGAUAAAAGUCUAUGUAGUUUAUUUUCCUAUCAAAUAUCAAUAUUAUAACACAAGGGAAAGAAGUCUGAACAAACAAGCAACAGUUUAUGACCAGCAUAUAUAUAUAUAUAGCAAUUCAGAGUUGCAUCUUUGCUGUGAAAAAAAAAAAAAAAAACCUAAAAAAAAAAAAAAAAAACCAACCCCACCACCUUUUGGUUGCCACUAGAAGCUUACUUUAAUUGUUUAGUAAUGAUGCUCAGUUGGACCAGUGUUAUAUUUUAGUCAGAAAAAAAAUGUUGAUUUUUUUUUCCAGCUUGCUUUAACAGACAAUAUCUCAUGCUGUAGUAUUAAUGAAGGUGUGAGGCCUCAGUAAGAAAUUUUUGUUGUUAAAACUGCAAAAAUUUUGUCAAGGAAGUGAACUGGCCUGUAGCAGAGGACUUGGCUCGGUCACAGAGGCAUGGAGGACCAUCUGUAUCCCAGGCCUCUCUGUGCCUUGCUCUUUGACAGUUUGAAGCUGUGGAGCCAAGGAACUAACAGUAAAAUUAGAAAGAAUACCUCAGGAAAACCACACCCACGUCAGAGAAGACCCUGUUUUUAGAAAAAACAUUUUGCUAUGGCUUAUUAUUAGAAGAGAAUCGGCAUUCAGCCAGUGAAGUGAGAAUCUUAUAUCCAUUCCUAUUGGUCUAUGGUAACCCUGACCCCCACCCCCCAAACAAACUAGGUUUUACUAUCUGUAAGAGAUUACAUUUUUAUUUGCAUGUUAAGUUAUACCUCUUUUCCAGCUCGGAUUUUAGUGUUUGAUUGUGACCUCGGCAUUUAUCUUCAAUUAUCUUUUCUUUUUCUUUCUUUCUUUUUUUUAAAUAAAAAGACUUGUAACACCAUAUUCAUUUAAACUAUGGUUAAGUCUUGGGUGUGGCAUCAAUUCAAGUAUUGUCUAUAAUGGUAACCCACAGAAUUUUGCCCUCUGGUCCCAGUUAAUUUUGUCACCGGGAGAUAUUUAUAUUUAUUUUCUCUGCUCUGGGGUUUAUGUUCUGAUUUCAUAAAUCAAAACCAUACCCCUAAACCUCCAGAAAACAAGUUAUCAAUCAUCUCGAGACUCUCAACACCUCUAUAAUGCAAAUCUUAAUGAGAAAGGCUUAGAAGCCAGCCCUUUCUUUAGUAUUUGCUGGAAAUAAAAGGGCCGUGAAGACAUGAUCCCCUGUGUUCUAGAUCCCAAUCAGUGAUCAGCCAUCGGCUUCACUGGCUGCGGCAGGGCUUCAGCAUUAAGAACCGAGGCUCGUAAUUGUCAGAAACAGCUCCCACCCCCAGAUUCAAACUUUUGGGAGAACUGGUGGGCCUGAGAGGGUUCUGGACCCAGAGGUACUAAAAUGUGUUACCACACCAUUGCUUCCUUCCUAGAGAAUGAACCGAAGCUUAAACUUUGCUGUUCAUGAGACCGGCUCAUUUUAAUGUGCUUAUUGAUAUAUCGCUGUUUUUCAUUUCAUAGCUUUCAAACACCAUGUUUUCUAUUUGUAUACUCGUUUAGUUUAAAGCUGUUUUAAAAUAUGUACAAUACUAUUUGCAGCCUUUAGUUCAUUUAAGUUUUAUUAUAAAGCAAUCUACUAAAAAGUACAACAUGUAUUUGAACUUUUCAAUAGUUGUGAGUUAUGAUAAUCAGAAGUCAUUAAUGUCUUUUUUUUAACCAUGUGUGCUUCCUUUUCAACAUAAUUUCCAGUUCUAUAC